AGCUUGCUCUUGCGAAAUCAAAACGAUACGAGCCGUCCAUCAAAGUCCACCACAACUUCAGCCUAUUCCAGAACAGCAGGGAAGCAGAUUAUUUAGCUUGCUCAGCAUCCAAUCUCCACGCCUGAAUUUCUUAUCCCAAAUCGAACUAAGCACUGGAGCCUGACGUGGAAGUAGAUGUAGCAUUACUUCUCUUUGUUUCUGCCCUAUAAACAUUAUUGUUGUGGAGAUCAAUAAUUUGCGGAGUUUUCUUGGUCCGUGUACGUAUCCUGGCCAUUUCCCAGUUUAGUUUACUUGCUACCAGUGUGUAUAGUUGGAGGAAACCUGAGGAUCGUUGAAAAAUGAACUGCAGGACGCACAAAACUUGCCUUACUCUGGAAAAACGACAGGUGGAAGAAUGUGUACUCGGUAUCUUCCAUACUGUGCUCUUUCGCCGGUUACAGCCCAAGAUGGUGUUCCGGCAAAGUGACGGAGAAACGUUUGCUGUUGGUACUGUAGGUUAUGAAGACCAGCGGUGUGAUCACGUCGAGUCAACUUUCGCACGCUGCUCGUCACCGCAGCUUCAUGACAGUGUGAAGAAGCGAACUCAUACAUUUGCAGCAUCACUAGCUGCAAGGCCGGAUGUGCGAUCCGCUGAGAUUCGCCUGUCAUUCUUUGAAAAAUCAAGAGGCACCUGGUUCGCCUCGCAGGCCAACUGGGAAGAAUGGGUGGUAGAGGUGAAUUUCCGGGAAUGUUCCAGUGACAGUGAGCGACAGGCAUCACGUGUGGAAGCUGGACGAGAUCUGUCAGCAGCGAUCAUGGAUAUUUCAGAUACCCUGUCCCAGAUGGGCACAGCUCACUGUCCGCUUUUCACCGAUGGCAAGGACGCCAACUAUGUGUUUGAUUCGCAAUUCGACGACGUCUCACCCUACUUUCACCAGAUUGUGUUUAACAUUGGUGAAGAACCCAGCGGAGGAACGAUGACGGCGUUCGGACGGCUUGUGAGGGGCACGUUUGCCUGACCGCAUUGCUUGAGACAAUCCUGGAACAGCAUUGCUUGAGGCAGUCCUGGAGCCAGUGCCGUUCUGUUGGACCUUCCCUUGGUAUAGCCACAGUGCUGUGUGUGCGUGUGUGUGUGUGUGUGUGUGCGUGUGUGCGUGUGUGUGUGCGUGUUUGUGUCCUCUUGGAAUCGUUUUGUGCCAUGUCCCAUUUUUCACUUACUCCCAGUCCGGUGACUAUCAAUCCUCCCACUCAGUACUAAGGCUAUCCUCAAUGCCACCACUCCACGGUGCUACACUAUUCUCCAGCCCAUAUUUCCUUUACUACUCUACCCGCUAUCAUGCUGUGCACGUAUUGCUUUUAAAGCUGCUUCUACUACUAGGGCUAGUUUUCCGUUUCCUAGACAUGCAUCAACACUGCUGCAGGCAUGGCACUGCAAUCUUUUAGUUUAAAAAAACUCCAUACUAGUGAUAUGGUGCAGUCGACUGGCGAAUCCAGAUUGUUAUAUUUCGGUACCGAACCGCCCGGACUGGCCCAGUCGAGCACACUGACACACGCCGAACACGUCCCAUCAAACAUGCCCAACUUUUUGUAUGACAAUGUGCUCUCCUGUUUUUAGCAUUUGUCUGUUUAUCAUCUCUGAGCAGUCUCUGAGUAUGCUCACUGUUUCUUGAUCUUCUAGUUUCAGCAGGACAGUGUGGUUAUGUACAAUGUAUUCCUCUUGACUUCAGGUCAUUCUCUCGAGCUGAUUCGUUCUAUCUUCUAUUUUACUAGUAUCUGCUUUUUAAAUUAAAGAAGGAACUAAUUAUUUAUCCAUCAGAACUUUGUUAGCAUGUGAAAUUGUUGUAUCGUUUA